AUGUCAGACGAGACAACUCAGAUCUUACUCCGGUCAAGAUUCCCUAGCGUACCGAAUAGCUCAACAUUACCUCAACAAGAGAUUUCGUCCCUUGGCAAUACUGAGAGAGCGUCAACAGAUCAGCGGCAGUCGAUUGGUAAACCGGCAACCGCCGUGGACAUUAAUCCUGAGCUACCAGAGGGGUUGCUGAUUAGAGAAAUGGUGGAUUCUUCCGAAAUGAAUCAUCAUGUCCCUCAAUCUCAGCAAAGCAUCAUCGUCACUUGGAUUCUAGAGAUUCUUACCCUUGUAUUUGCAGCCGGACUUCUCAUCGCUAUUUGCAUCCUAUUUGUAGCGUAUAACGAUCAGACACAGCCAGACUGGGGAAACAGCGGAAUUGGCCUCAAUGCUCUUAUCGCUACUCUGUCCAUGAUAUUUCGCGCCAGCCUGGCCUUUGUCAGUUUUGAGGUUGUCUCCCAGAUCAAGUGGGACUGGAUUACAUCUGAAUUUCGCCCUCUGAGAGACUUUGAGCGGUUUGAUGCUGCCUCGCGAGGUAUCUGCGCCUCUUUGCGCCUUCUGCCACUUGCCAUUCUUCACCAGCCCAGGGCCCUUGUGGCUAUCCUUGUGACCGUCGGUUCUCUAGGCAUUGGCCCAUUUAUGCAGCAAGCGAUUCAGACGUAUCAAUGUCUGAGGAAAACGGGAACGGGUGUCCAGCCCCCAACAAUCAUCACAUCCAAUAACAUCGGUUUUUCUGAAUUAGGGAUGCUCGGGUCAUCGCGCUACGGUGUGUUAAGGACAGAGAUACGGACUGCGAUGCAAGACGCAAUCGUGAACCCAAACCUCGACUCCAAUAUCGGGGCACUAUUUACGUGCCAGUCUGGGAACUGUACCUUCCCACUGCUCUCAAAUACAGAAAAAGGCUCGGAAAAAGCAAUAACACACGCCAGCAUUGGGAUGUGUAACCGGUGUGUCGAUGUAUACGACUUCGUCCAAGCACCAGUGCCACUCAACAUCUCAGAGGGCAGAAAAUUCCCAGUGUUCAAUCUACCCGUGUACCAAUCAGUGGACAAUGGUAAUGGGUCCGUGCUGAAUCUGGAUGAGGGACCAAUGCGCAUUGUUCUAGGGAACUCGCCAAUGUCUGCGUUCAUCUAUAUGCAGAUGCGAGGAGUGGGGAACCUCACAUGGACUCGAGAGGUUGCUUCCCCUGAGCUCAUCAAUAGAGCUCGCUGGGCGGCCUACAACUUUACUGUCCUCGCUGCAUCGCAGAACCACUGCAACGUAUUGCCUGAUGGCAACGUGACCUGUCCACAACCUUGUCCGAUCGACGACGGAUCUUGCCCUUUCGCGUUCGACGAGCCAUCUGAUUACAUUGCUGCCGCUUGUACCUUACCGGAGCCUCUCUGGUCGGCGGAUCUUGCAAGAAUUAGCCCAAGCGAUUUCAAAGCAGUGCAGCAGCCCUGUUGGGUAAACGGAACGCUUUACACAGCGUCCAAUAUGUCUUCUUCAAAAUCCCUUGGACCAAAUGUCACAGAGAUCGUGCAAUUCCAUACCGACGAUUGGAUGAAUGAAAGUAUCGGAGAUCCAGCUCAUUACACUAACAUUACGGCCCCACGGGAGUGCGUCGGCACAAUGAGUGGUUACGUUACGUCGCUGUUUUACGAGAACCCGUUCAAUGACGUGAGUUGCUUCCGUAACAACUGGGUGGAAAGUCUCCAGUGUCUGGGUAAUCUGAAGCAGAAUAUAGAUCAGUCCAGCCUCGUGGCACUUAUGAGGGGACUAAACACAUCUAUGGAAACUCUGCAAGAGAAUAUCGACUCAUUCACUGCGCGGCUUACAAACGAGAUACGGAAAAGAGGCACAGGAGCCUACAAUUUGCAAAAGGCAUUUGUCACUGGUGAUGAAUGGGAGACUAGAGUCUGCGUUCGUAUUCUAUGGCAAUGGAUUACCCUUCCUGUAAUAACGUUUGCGUUGUGUAGCUUCCUGUUGCUAUCGACGAUUAUCAAGGACGCUGUUUCAAAGAACGGAACCAUUUGGAAAAGUUCACCCAUUCCAUUGAUUCUCAAGGACUAUCCAGGCUUAGAAAGAAUGGGAUUAGUUAAGAUGGGCCGAAUUGUAGAGGGGCUUGAGAUAAAGCUGGAGAAGCAAAAGGAGAUUUAA